AGGCCAAACCAACCCAUUAAACAGAUGUUGCGUUUGGUGCUAUCCCCAUAAUUUCCACGAGCUUUCUUGCUUUCUCAUACUUCCCCCACCCCUGCUCUUGCUUUAUUGUCAGGGAUGAAGUUCCUGCAGCUUCCCAUCUUGGCUUAAAUUCCCGUUUUCUCUCGGGCCUUUGAAAACUGAAUUCUAAGCUCCACUGCCAAGUCGGAAUUUGAGUACAACAUAAUGGCUGUAUGUGGGUGUAUGUCUACGGUGCACGUGAAUUGGCAGAGUAAUAUAGUGGGAGCAAGAGAUAUAGGACCUAUCCCAGGAUUUGGUUAUCGGAAUACGUUAAGCCAAAACAUUUCGUUAGCGUUUGGAGGAAGCGAGUCCAUGGGUCUUACUUUGAGACUUCCUUGCACACGCUCUGUUAAAAGCAGUCUGAGGAAGAAUGGCUUUCCCUUGCAGGUAGUUUGCAUUGACUAUCCAAGGCCGGAGCUUGAAAAUACAGUUAAUUUCUUAGAAGCUGCUUACUUGUCUUCAACCUUUCGCACUUCAUCACGUCCAACCAAACCAUUAAAGGUUAUUGUUACGGGUGCAGGGUUAGCUGGUUUGUCAACUGCGAAAUAUUUAGCAGAUGCUGGUCAUAAACCUAUACUGCUUGAGGCAAGAGAUGUUCUAGGUGGAAAGGUUGCUGCCUGGAAAGAUGAAGAUGGAGACUGGUAUGAAACUGGCCUUCACAUAUUCUUCGGAGCAUACCCCAAUGUUCAGAACCUAUUUGGAGAACUGGGCAUUAAUGAUCGGUUACAGUGGAAGGAGCAUUCUAUGAUUUUUGCUAUGCCAAAGAAGCCUGGACAUUUCAGUCGAUUUGAUUUUCCUGAAGUCCUCCCUGCUCCUUUGAAUGGAAUAUGGGCAAUAUUGAGGAACAAUGAGAUGUUGACUUGGCCAGAGAAAGUCAAGUUUGCUAUUGGAUUGCUGCCAGCUAUUCUUGGCGGGCAGGAUUACGUUGAGGCUCAAGAUGGAUUAUCUGUUCAAGAGUGGAUGAGAAAGCAGGGUGUGCCUGAUCGAGUAACUGAUGAGGUGUUCAUAGCAAUGUCAAAGGCCCUAAACUUCAUCAAUCCUGAUGAACUUUCAAUGCAGUGUAUCUUGAUAGCUUUAAACCGAUUUCUUCAGGAGAAGCAUGGUUCAAAAAUGGCCUUUUUGGACGGGAAUCCCCCGGAAAGACUAUGUAUGCCAAUUGUUGAUCAUAUUCAGUCCUUGGGUGGUGAAGUUCAUCUCAAUUCUCGCAUUCAAAAACUUGAGCUGAAUGAUGAAGGGACUGUAAAGAAUUUGUUAUUAAAUAAUGGGAAGGUGAUUGAAGGAGACGCUUAUGUGUUUGCAACUCCAGUUGAUAUCCUAAAGCUUCUUCUGCCUAACGACUGGAAAGAAAUUCCCUAUUUCAAGAAAUUGGAGAAACUGGUGGGAGUUCCGGUCAUAAAUGUUCACAUAUGGUUUGAUAGAAAACUGAAGAACACAUAUGAUCACCUACUUUUUAGCAGAAGUCCCCUUCUGAGUGUAUAUGCUGACAUGUCAGUGGCUUGUAAGGAAUAUUAUAGCCCAAACCAGUCUAUGCUGGAGUUGGUUUUUGCACCAGCUGAAGAAUGGAUUUCACGCAGUGAUGAAGAUAUUAUUGAGGCCACAAUGAAGGAACUUUCCAAACUCUUUCCGGAUGAAAUUUCUGCGGACCAAAGCAAAGCAAAGAUAGUCAAGUAUCAUGUUGUUAAAACGCCAAGGUCUGUUUACAAAACUGUUCCAAAUUGUGAGCCCUGCCGUCCUGUACAAAGAUCUCCCAUAGAGGGUUUCUAUUUAGCCGGUGAUUACACAAAACAAAAGUAUUUAGCUUCAAUGGAAGGUGCCGUUCUUUCCGGAAAGCUCUGCGCGCAGGCUAUUGUACAGGAUUCUGAGCUGCUUAUUGCACGGGGGCAGAGGAGGAGGAUCGAAGCAAGUGUUUGAUUAAGUCUGGAAUUACACUUGUGGAUAAGCAUCGUUCUGAAGCUUUCAUCAAGUCGCCAUUGAUCAUAUCAUACCAUUAAAGAUUCAGCUUUUGCAACUAUGGAGCCUUUUCAUGGGGAGGUUUUCUAAAUUCUUUAUGGCAAAUAUCUACCUUGUAGACGAUGUGGACAAUAACACACAAAGAAAAACUGAUUUUAGAAUUGUAUUAAAAAAAAAACCCGAUUUUAGAAUAUAUGUGAUCAUUACCUACUGUACCCUAUUCGGCCUUGCAAUGGCGGAGCCGGGAGGGAACCUCGUAUAGCAGCAAAAGCAUUCGCAGGAAGCUCUGGUUGGAGCGCUCAUUUACUUGUAAGGUUAUGAAGAAUCAGGUUCUGUUACUGAUAUUCAUCUCUCGAGUCUCAAAAUGGUUUGUAU